AUGUAUAUCAAUAUGGAAUUCAUUAUACCAUUAAAAAAAGACGAUCUUUUAAAGCAAAAUGACCGAUAUUAUUAUGUAAAGGAUGUUAUUUCACCUCGCCAAAUUAAUUCAGUUUUUGACACUAACCGGCAAGCGUUACAAAACAAAAGAUCGGCAUUUAUUUUAGAUCAUUUUGAUGAUUUUUUCGCUGUUUUAGUUCAUAGUAAAAAUCUCGAUGAUUCAGUACUCACGAGAGCUUUCGAUCGACUAUGUAAAUCUACUGAAUAUUUAGUUAAAGACUUAGAAAGUCAAGAUUUUGAAGAGGAUAAAAAGAAAAAGUUGACUAUAGUUAAAAUGCACGCAUAUUUGGUCUCGAGUUUUAUAAAUUAUUUAGAAGAUCGUUCUCUCAAAUCAAACAAUCCCACAGGUGAUAAAGGAAUAGGAAAAAAGAAGAAAUCAGAGCAAAAAUCAGAGGUGAGAAAAGAAUGGGAAUUCAAACGUAAUAAAAUUUUAUUUACCAUUUAUGAUUGGCUACAAUUAUCAUUAAAUAAAUUAUGGGAUCCACCAAUUGUUGAACAAUCAUUUGUUAUGCUUCUGGCUGAUAUUUGUUAUAAAAUAAUUGAAUUGGACAAAGAUAAAAAUGAUAAGCAAGUUAAACAAAUUGUUUGGCAAAUUUUAGGAAUUCUUAUAAAAAAUUACACUCAUGCAGUUUCGUGUAAGAUAAAAAUAAUUCAAUUAGUUAAAACUUAUGAUACUCUAGCACAAUCAUUAGCACAAGGAAUUGUGAAUAUGGUAACAGAAAAUAAAUGUCAAAGUUUUAUUGUUGAGAUUUUACAUGAAAUUGAUCAAGUUAAUUUUGAAGAAUCUGAAGCACGAAAUAUUGCAACAUUUCUCUCAACAAUGGCCGCUAUCCAACCAGAAUUAUUUUUUCAAGGAUCUGACGAUAUAAUGGAAUAUAUAUUUGAUUAUCUUGAUAAUGAAUGUUAUAUUAUGAGAAAUUGUGCUAUUGAAAUAAUGGAAAAUUUGAUUAUUAAUUGUUUAUCAGGAGAAAAUCUAACAAAACAACAAAAAAAUUUACGAGAUGAAUGUUUUCAGUAUUUAUUUAAACACAAAUUAGAUGUCAAUAGUUUUGUAAGAUCUAAAGUUUUUCAAGUUUGGCAAAAAUUAUUGGCUUCUGAAGCAGUACCAAUUCAACAGAUGUUGCCUAUUUUAAAAGCUGUAAUACCACAUUUACAUGAAACUGGUGCUGUUAUGAGAAAGCAAGCUCUUCAAGUAAUACGUCAUUUAAUAGAGUGUAACCCAUACGGUUCUAAAUUUGAUAAACAAGCAUUAAUUGAACAACGUGAUAAAUGUGAUGAAAAUUUACGUCAAAUACAGGCUGAUUUCGUAACAGAAAGCGCAAGUGGUGAUAAUGAACGUAUUGAACUUUGGAAAGAUUUAUUACCUGGAAUUCUAAAAGCUAUUAAAAAGUAUUUUGAAAAUAAUGAUGAAGACGAAGAAGAUAAUGAUGAUGACGAUGAUAAUCUGGGAGAUAUCAAUAUUGAUAAAGAAUGGGAAUUAGUACGUACUUUAAUUGUUGAUCGUAAAUUUUUACUAGCAGUAAAACGAGUAAAAAUGAUAGUUAGAAAAUUGAACUUGGAUUCUGAUAUAAAUAAUGUUGAUGGUCAAGAGGAUUGUUUUUUACUUUUCCUUGCAUAUAUAUUUUUAAAUUCACAAAGUGAUGAUAUCAAUAAAAAUAAAUUUGAGAGUUUUGAAUGGAACAAACGUAAAGAGACAGUUGGCCGUUUAAAACAAACAUUAAAUAUUUAUCAUAGUAUAAUUAGUUUCAUAACAGAAUUAGAAUCAGCAAUACCUACUAUUAAACAAAUGUUAAACGCAGCAACACCUGGGGUAGCUAUUGAAUCUUGUACUUUAUUAGGUAAAGCUUAUAAAUUUAAUAUUUUUGGAGCUGAAAAAGCAUUUCAUACGGCAUUAUUACAAGCUUUUAGUAGAGAUGAAUCAGUAAAGAAAAAUGUCGCUGAAGUUUAUAAAGAAAUAUAUUUUCAAAGUGAAGCUAAUAUUCCAAAUCGUCAACGAGCAAUUAUUUCCGUUAAUGGAUUGAUUAAUUUAUUAAAAACAUUGAAGUCAGGUCAAAGUCCAGCUUUAGAACAGCUUGUAUCAGAAUGGUGUGAUAAAAAAGAUUUGGAUGAAGAAAGUUGGCAAGUUAUGUGGGAAAAAUAUAAUUUCAAAAAUCCAUCAACGACAAUAAUUGAAAGUCGUUGUGCUAUUAUACUUCUUAAAAUGGUAGCUGCCAAAAAUCCAAAACUUAUUUUAAAAAAUUUAAAUAUUUGUAUUAAAGUUGGUUUUCAAACAAAAGAUGAUAUUUUAUUAGCACGUGAUACUUGUAAAGCAAUAUUAAUGAUUAAAUCAAAUAAUUCGGAAGAUUUUACAAAAGAGCCAUUGAAAUUUGAUAAUAACCAUGAAUUAUUUCAAAGUCUUUCAUCAUUAUUGGUUAAUAAAUUUGAAACUGCGUCCUCAAUGUCAUAUACUUCUUUUGCUACUGAAGCAAUAAAUGUUAUUUAUCAGUUUGCUAAUACACCGGAUAUUAUUAUAAAAGAUAUUUUAUUAAAAUUAUUAGAAGAACCUAUUGGUGACGUUGAUGUUCCUAAAUCACAGUUGGCUAAAUUUUUAUAUGUAAUUGGUCACGUAGCUGUACGACAUAUGGUACAUCUUGAUGUUGAAAUUUACAAAGAAUUGAAACGUCGUAAUGCCAUUCGUGAUGCAGUAAAAGGUAAAAAGAAAAACAAUAUGAAUAAUACUCAUUCGAAUGAAUCAUUUUCAUCAUCACCUGCUUCCGUUCAAUCAUCGGCAAGGAAAGCUCGUCAAUCAAUAAGUGUGCACCGAAGAAAUACAGCACUUUCAGAAGACGCUGAAGAUGAAAUUCUUUCAGGUGCAACUGCUGAUGAUGUUGAUGCUGAAGCAAUAAAUGAAGCUUUAGAUAAUAAUGUUGUUAAUGACAAUUGUUUAUUAGCACAAUUUGUGCCUCUUGUUAUUGAUGUUUGUCAACAUCCCGAGAAGUAUAAUAAUAAAUAUAUUCAAGUUUGGGGAGUACUGGCGCUUACUAAAAUGAUGACAGUGUCUUCUAAAUUUUGUCAAGACCAUCUUCAGUUAUUGAUGACAAUAUUGGAAAAAUCAACUUAUCCAGAAAUAAGGUCUAAUAUUUUAAUUGGUUUGUCGGAUUUAAUGAUUAGAUUUACAAAUGAUAUUGAUCCUUGGACAAGUCAUAUGUAUAACAGACUUACUGAUCCAGAUGUAUUAGUCCGUCGUACAGCAGUUCGUAUUCUUUCUAGUUUAGUUAAACGAGAAAUGAUUCGGGCCAAAGGACAAAUGUCAGAAAUGGCUUUGUGUAUAAUUGAUAAAGAUGAACAAAUAAGAAAUGAUGCUCAAUUAUUUUUCCGAGAAUUGUCAAAAAAACCUAAUGUCUUAUGUAAUAUUUUACCAGAUAUUUUAUCAAAAUUUUCAUGUUUAGACGAAGAUACAGUUGAUGAAGAAGAUAUACAAAAAAUUUUCAAGUUUAUAUUUUCACUGCUCAGUAAAGAACGAGAAAUGGAGUCAGUAUUAGAUAAAAUAUGUUUUAGAUUUAAAGAUGUAACUACAGAAAGGCAAAGCAAAAUUUUAACAUAUUGCUUAUCACUUUUACAAUUAAACAAAAAGGGUAUUACUCAUUUAACAAGAAAUCUUCCAUUUUUCAAAGACAAACUUCACAAUAAACAUGUUUACGAUGCUCUAUGGGAGGUAAUUGAACAAGCUAAAAAGAAACCUGAUGUUAAAGAAGCUUGUGCUAUUUUAGAACAAGAAAUUGAGAAAUUAUUGGACAAUCCUAAUUCUGAUAAUAUUCCAGUUAUUCAAAGCCAAGAUGAACAAAGUCAAAAUAAUACCAUUAAUCAAAAUAAUACUGACAAUAAUAAAAAAGCUGAUUGUGAAGUUAUGCCACCUCCCAAAAUUUCUCCACCAAAACGACGUUCAACUCGCCACGUAAACAAACGAAAAAAAUAAUUUAAGCUAAAGUUUUAAAGAAAUUUCACUCUCCAUACUAUUAAUUCUUUUUAAGUAUUUCAUUUUUAUAACAUUACAAUACAGAAAAAUUGUAAUGUUAAUAAGAAAUAAUAUUUAUAUUCAUUUUUAGAUAAUAAUUUUAUAAUACAAAACUGUAUAUACUUUUAAAAUGAAUAAAUUGUUUUCAUCUAUAUUGAA